AUGAACAAGUUAAAUCAUGAGGGCUUGUUAGUGUUAGAGCAACCUUUUAUAAAGGUUCCCCUUGAACAAUUGAAAAAAUCUGCACGCACUUCUCAGAGACAACUCGACAAAGAGUUUUCAAAUCUUUCGCGUGACAUCAAUGAACUCGCUACUAAAUCAAAACAGGAAGAGCUCAAGACAAAGGAAGUUACAGACGUCAUAGAAGGGAUGGUGGGUCGUUUGCACAAAUUGAAGCGCAAACUUAAUGAUAUCAAAGAAGAAGAAAGCAUGUACGUAUCACGAAGUCGAAUACGACUCGAGCAUUUGAACGAACUAACGAAAAUCCCCACGGCGAACAUUGAAGCCUAUACACAAUGGAGCCGAGUUCGGUUAGGUCGGAUUUUGGUAGAUUAUAUGUUACGAGAGGGGUUGAGUAAAACCGCGGAAAGAUUAGCAAAAGAAGAUGGAAUUGAUAAGCAAUACGUGGAUGUGGAGUUAUUCAGUCAAUCUAAAAGGGUUGAACAGGCUUUACAGAAGCAUAGUUGUGCUGAAGCGUUACGUUGGUGUAAAGAAAAUAAGUCGAAUUUGAUUAAAAAUAAUAGUACAUUGGAAUUCAAUCUUCGCCUUCAAGAAUAUAUUGAGCUUGUAAGAUUUCGACGUACAUCUGAUGCGAUUGCAUAUUCUCGCAAAUAUUUGACACCAUGGUCGGAAACGCACAUGAAAGAUCUCCAACAAGCAUUGGGUUUACUUGCAUUCUCAUCAAACACAAAUUGUCAACCUUAUAAAAAAUUAUAUGAUACAUCGCGUUGGGAUCAACUAAUUCGACAAUUUCGUUCAGAUAAUUUCGCAUUGAAUUCAUUAACCUCGCAGCCUCUUCUCUCGGUGACACUCCAAGCUGGGUUGUCAGCGCUGAAAACUCCAAUGUGUUAUCAACCCGAGAAUCGAAACAUCAAUUGCCCGGUUUGUUCAGCGGAUACACUUGGAAAUUUGGCAGAGAACCUACCGUUAAGUCAUCAUGUUAAUUCUACCAUUGUGUGCCGACUAAGUGGUGAAAUAAUGGAUGAAGAUAAUGCACCAAUGGCCUUGCCUAAUGGAUAUGUGUAUUCACAUAAAGCGCUUACAGAUAUGGCAGCAAAGAAUAAUGGCAAAGUGCAAUGUCCUCGUACUGGAGAUGUGUUUGAAAUUACUCAAUUGAAAAAAGUUUUUAUCUCCUGA